AUGCUGUCUCAGGGAGACGAUGGAGACGUGAAGGUUUCUGAAGGCUACGACGCCCCGGGCUCGGUGCUCCUGUCCCCGGUGCCGCACCAGAUGAUGUCCUACAUGAACAUGGGCAGCCUGUCGCGGACUGAGCUGCAGCUCCUCAACCAGCUCCACUGCCGCAGGAAGCGGAGGCACCGCACCAUCUUCACCGACGAGCAGCUGGAGGCCCUGGAGAGCCUCUUCCAGGAGACCAAGUACCCGGACGUCGGCACCCGGGAGCAGCUGGCCCGCAAGGUCCACCUCCGGGAGGAGAAGGUCGAGGUGAGGCGCGCUCUGGCUGCUUGUAAACCCGUCCUCAGUCAGCGGACCGGGCUCGUUGAGGCCGGGGCCCGGAGCCUGGCCCGGGGCCUGGCCCGGAGCCUGGCCCGGGCCCGGAGCCUGACCCGGGCCCGGGCCCGGAGCCUGGCGGCUGGCGGCUGGAUGCUGAGCUUCACCGUUUGA